AUGAAUUUCAUUAAGGGCAUAUUCAAUAAAGUAGUAGGAACUUAAUAACCAUUAGUUGAAUACGAGAUAUUUGAUUUUGUAAUCCUAGGAACACUCUUUAAAGAGGAUGAGGCAAAGUAUACCAAACUGUAAGUGAUUUAUAUAUGCUGAGAUCAUCUAAUACAGAAUUUGUAUUUGACAAGUUAUCAAAUGACGAAUUCGAUCAUAUUCUGAUUGUUCGAUUACAAAGAGCUUCUAAACCAUAUAAUAAUGUUAUAAGUUCAAAAGAAGGAGACUAUUAUUUUAAUAUUUCAUUUUUUAAAUCAAUUUGCCAUUCAGCAUUAAAUGAUCAAGUGGAGGAGUUCAGCUUAGAAUUAGUGUAUUAUAUUAAAAUAUUAAUUUAGAGAUAUAUAAGGUAUUAAAUGGAAUUUAAGGAUGCAUUUUUUAAAGAAUACAAAGUCAGACAAUUUAAAAAUUUAAAAUUUUAAAUUGUUUUUAAGCAAAUUAAUAUGGAUUUAGAAGAACAAAAAGCCACUUCCAAAAAAUUUGGCUGAAUUAAAUGAUAUGAUUCCUGCAAAAUAAUCUUCUAAAUUGGAGAUGCAUAAUCUAGUUCAAUAGAAACAGGCCAAGAAAACAUUGAAGAAAGUUGAUAGAUCAAUUUUAUCUUAAUCAACAACAAGAACUAGAUAGGAGAAAGAAAGUAUAGGAGAUGUUAUCAAUUAUUUUUUGCAGCAAGACAUUGAUUCUAUUAAAUAAAUAUAUUCCGGAAAAAUGUAUGUCCUUUAUCCUGAAUUAGCAGAAAUUAGACUCAUUAAUCCAUUAGUGGUUAUGGCAUUAAAUAUUAUAUCUAAAACAGAAUGCAGAAUGGAAUUAUACAAUCAAGAUAGAUAACUACUAUUAAUUUAAUCAUUAAAAGACUUCAUAAGUUUUGAAGUCGAUAAAGAUGAGAAUUAUUUAAGUUGGGUUUAUUUCGAUGGAUACAAUUCAAUUGUUAUAUAUUUCAAAUUUGACAUAUUGGAUGGAGCAACAUCUAUGGCUUUCAUUUUAUAGAGAUCUAAAAUAAAUAUGAGAUAAAAAAAGAAUUUAUAAUUAGAUACUUCAUCUAGUUCUAUCUCAACAGCAGCUACAAUUGACAUCGAUGAGACCUAAGUUUAAUCAAUUGAAUAAAAAAAAUAGAAAAAAUACUUAUAUAGAGAUGAUUUAAAUAAGAUAAAAUCGGGUUUGAAGACAACUAAAACAAAAAAAAUCAUUCAUUGUGAAAAUGAUAAACUAAUCAUUUUAGAAGAUAACACUGUUUCAUUUAUAAAGAAUAAUAAACAAUUUUAGAUUGAUUAAUAGAUUAAAUUUGAUAAAUCAUGUCUAGGACACAACUCACAGAAAUUAAUCCUUUUCUAAUAGUUUUCAUAAGAAUUACAUCUUAUCAAUUUAGGAAAUGAAACUCAGGAAAUUGUUAAGUUAAAUUUUUUGAUCUCUGAUGCUUGCUCUUAUGAAAAAUAAUUCAUAUUGAUAAGUAACUCUUAAGUUUAUGUUCUAAAUGAAGAUAAAACUAUUUAAAAAAGUAAAUUUUUAUUUUUAUAUAAUAGUUAAUUAAAUUGAAUAAAAUUUGAAGGAUAACUAUACAAUUGUGAGAAGUUCAAUAAAUGGCUCAAUUGUUAUAGGCUCUUAAUAAGGGUUUGUGUUUGUUUUUGAUAAUAUAAAAAAUAUGAAAUAAGUCAAUACUUUUGAAGGAUUGGGGGAUCCUAUUACAGACAUUCUUUUAAGUGAAGACGAGAGGUAAAUUAUGCUAUACAAAUAAUAGAUUUAUUAUUAUUAAUAAUUCUCAGUAUAUUUAAUUUUAAUAAGUAAUAACCAACAUCGUGAAUGGUUAUUAAUAACAUCUAGAAUUAAAACCAUUUCCAAUCAGAAUUUAAUUAAAUCCAGAAGACUUGAUUUUGAUGGGAAUAUUUGAUUAUCCUAAAUUCUAGCAUGUGAGAAUAGAUAAAAAUAAUAAAGUUAUUGCAGCCUAACUUGAUAAUUUGCAAGUAAUUUGGAAUAUUGAAUAAAUCAUUAAGUAGUCACAUAAUUCAUAUCAAGUAAUAGUAGAAAAUAUAUUUAGAUUUUCAUUCUCCCUGAAGAAAUAUUUGAUUAACAAUUUAGAGAUCAAGAUUUGCUAAUCCUUUCAGAAUCAAAUAUAUAUGUCAGAGAAUGUGAUUGA